AUGGCUUUCAAUAGAACAGAAUUUACACAAAUAUAUUUAAAAGAUGCAGAAACCGAUCGCGUGUACACAAUAAAUGUAACACCGGAAGAAGCAAUGCGCUUAGAAACUGGACCACAGUGUUUGUUAAAGUUUUCUGGAUUAAAACGAACAUACAAAACUGUCAAAGACCAUAAUAAUAAGUCCGGCAAUGGAACAAGAAAAUGGCCAUUUUUAUCUCAUAUGGAGAAUUUAUUAGGCUCGAAGCCAUUUAUGUCACCGGUAAGUACUAUAUCCUCAACAGGGAAAGGAUCUCAAUCACCAUCAGAAUGCAGUACAUCUAGUAUUGACAGUUGUUUGGAGACUGAAGAAAAGUCAACACGUAAGAAAUUUCGGCAAUUAUAUAAUCUGAUGUGA